AGCCUGCGGUAUCAGAUUCAGCGGACUCAAUCAUCAUUCCAGACACACCGCCACCCUCACCGCCCAGCCCUGCAACAGAACAGCCGCCUCCUUCUGUACCGGCAUCUCCUCUUUUUGCAGAUCCACAGCCACCCGCUGCAUCACAUUCUGGUACAACCAACAUACUCUGGGCACCGCAGAAACCUGUGCAACGCCGUGGGGGGAUACUGAGAGCCAAGAACCUAGCUGUCAAGCAGUUGUUUAAUGAGGUCCAUCAAAACGCAGCACACCCAGAGCCAUUGAGUCUGAGUGAGGAGCUGGGACAACAGCUGCAUCUGAGUGAGGAGAGACACCCGCCAUCAGACCUGCCAUCAGAACGUCAGAGAGGACCGGGACAACAGCAACAAUCUCAUGUCCCUCUUCAGCUACUGUGUCAAGUAGUGCAAACUUUCAUUUCCUCUUUUUUAACUUUGUGUGAGAAAAUGUAGAUUAAAAAAAAAACUGCAAGGUGUGACAUACCCCUUAAACAUGGAUAAAGAAGUAGACCCUGUUCCUGAUGAAAUAGCGAUAGCUGUAGGCCAGUUAAAUCCUGCCCCUGACCCUUCUCACAUAGAUGUUAGACAUAACCUAGAUGAAUCCUCUUUUGCAUUCGCAAAAUCAGAAUCACAAGACCCUCUGAGACCGAUCGAAAUGGCGCUUCAAAAUUUAAAUGAUAUGACAGAUUCUCAUCAGAAUUUGGUUGAAAUUCUUUCUCCACCAGCCUCUCCAGACGACCCUCUGAGACCGAUUGAAAUGGCGCUUCAAAAUUUAAAUAAUCUGACAGAUUCUCAUCAGAAUUUGGUUGAAAUUCUUUCUCCAACAGCUUCUCCAGACACACAGCCACAGCCCACACUCUCAUCACCAAAUGAUUUGAUUGAGAUUCUUUCUACACCAACCUCUCCAGACACACAGCCACAACCCACACUCUCAUCACCAAAUGAUUUGGUUGAAAUUCCUUCUCCACCAGACACACAGCAACAAAACAGUUAUCCUCACGACCCUCUGAGACCGAUCGAACUUGCGCUUCAAAAUUUAAAUAAUCUGACAGAUUCUCAUUCUGCACUCUCAUCACCAAAUGAGUUGCUUCAAAAUGAUUUGAUUGAGAUUUUUUCUACACCCUCUUCUUCAGAAGAGUCACAAAGACCUUCCGCUCAUCAGCGAGGUCGCGGUUUGGGGGAUGAUGAUAUGAGACCGGAUCUACUUCACACGACCGCUUUAACACGCUGGUCAUGAGGCGAGCCCUCACGGUGCCUGAACCCGGUGCUGAACCAAAUCUUGCUCAGUUUUAUUCUGAUGUGAUGGGGAUAAUUCAUGGGUUAUCUCAAGAGGCUGAAUUACAUGCUAGACGCAACGACGUCAUUCAGCAGGAGGUGGUAGGCGAAAAUGUGCGAGACCACGUUUCCGUUGUUGUUGAUGAUCAAGGCGGAAAUGUUCUUCCUGCUUUUGAAGGUUUGCUUGACCAGUUAGUGCAGUCUAACAACAGCAUUGUCGCAGACGAGAAUGUGGAAUUUGUUGUUCAGGUUGUGCGUAACCCCAGAGGUGGUGCAAAACGUAAGCUUGAACGAACUCUAGAUUGUGAAAUUCUCAACAAGAAAAAACGCUGCUUGUACAUUGUGCUGAAUUGCAAAGAUCAGCUCUGCUUUGCCAUCAGUCUAGCUCACGUGAUGCAUCCUGACCACACAGUUAACCAGUGCGAGACACUGGCCCGUGAGCUGCAGCGUCAAGCCGGUCUGGAUGAGCAGACCCCCGUCACCUUUGGUGAUGUGAGCAGAUUUGAAGAAAUUGUCAAACGUAAAAUUGUGAUUUUUUAUCCAACAUCUCACAGUCAACCCCUCUCACAUUUUGAGACAGACUACCCAGACCGCUCCAGGCCGUUGUUUUUGUUUUUACUGCAAAACCAUUACUACGGCAUACAAAGUCUCAAAGCCUUUAUAGGUACAAACUUUGUCUGCACUCAUUGUUACAAGGGUUUUGACUGCUCCUAUGUGCACAGUUGUCGAGGUUACUGUCAGGUUUGUAAUGACCCUGUCUGUCCUACAGAAGACCUCCAACCUUUGCAAUGCUCAGACUGUCACAGGAUGUGUCGUUCGACCUCCUGUUUUGCUAGACACAAAGAGACUAAACCGAGUCAUUUGAAGAGACGACCGUCCGCUCUCUGUGAUCGAGUGAAAAAAUGUACGCGGUGCAAACUAUGCUACUACGUUAACAUGACCACAGGCAAGGCAACGCAUAGCUGCAGCACCAAAUGCAAAAUUUGUGGAGAGAAAUUACCGCCCGAGUCUGACGUACUCGCCGGUAAUCACCGGUGCUACAUUCAACCGCUCUCACAAAUAAAUGAGCAUCCUGAUUUGUUUUUUUUAUGAUUUUGAAACACUUGUGAACAAGAAAGGUGAGCACAUCCCCUUUCUAGUCUGUGCAAAAACAUUGAAAGGUACGGAGAAGGUGUUUUAUGGUCUGCAGUGUGUUAAACAUUUUCUUCUGCAUUUCAGGAGCAACCGCUACCGGAGAAAUGUUUUCAUUGCACAUAAUGCUAGAGAAUUUGACGGCUACCUGAUUUUGAGGGGCAUGCUGAAAGAAGGUGUAGUACCGCAGCAGAUUCUCAUGACUGGAAGUAAACUUCUCAGUUUUGAGGACCCACACUAUCAGCUAAAAUUCAUCGACUCUCUUUCUUUCCUAGCCAUGAGGCUCGGUGCUAUGCCAAAGGCUCUGGGCUUCACCGACCAGAUCAAGGGGUACUUUCCACACCAUUUCAGCUCAAAGGAGCGUCUUGGGUAUGUGGGGGUCUAUCCUCCGCCAACCGAAUAUGGCAUAGAGCACAUGACGCAGACCGAGCAGAAAGAGUUUUAUGAGUGGUACGGUCAAGUCAGUCGCGGCACCUUCAAUUUCAGGGAGGAGGCUGUGCGUUACUGUAAAAAUGACGUUGACAUUCUGUCCAGGGCCUGUGUUCGAUUCAGAGAACAGUUUCUCGGCGAAACAGGAGUGGAUCCUUUUGGCUCCAUCACCAUCGCCUCAGCCUGCAUGAGGGUGUUUCUCACCAAAUUUCUGCAGCCCAAUACUCUCGCUAUACCGUGCCCGUACGAGUACAGAGGUCAGUGUAAAAGAUUCUCCGAGCCCUCCAUUCAGUGGUUAGAGUGGGUCAUGCACAAACGGAAAAUCUUUAUCCAGCAUGCUCUGAACUUGGGGGAGAAACAGAUUGGUUCUUUUUUUGUGGACGGUUACGCAGAGGUUGAUGGUGUAAAAUGUGUUUGGGAGUUUCACGGUUGCUUUUACCACGGGUGUCCCAGUUGUUUCUCUCCUACAGAGACCUGCACCUUGAGAGGCGUUUCCUUCGGGGAACUGCACGUGGCCGGUGAGGAGAGAGUGCACAGGCUGGAAUCUGAACACGGCGUCCGCGUUGUUGUCAUGAGAGAGCAUGUGUGGAAUGAGAUGAAAAAAAUCAUGUGCAGAAGUGAAACAGUUUCUCAGUGUUUUUAA